UGCACUCUCCCCAGCAUCCGCACUCUCUCGCGCGUCCGCCCCAUGCCCGAGAUCUGCGCUCCAGUGCCUGGGCAAGGAAAGCCAUGGGGAACCCGGAGGCUUCGUGCACCCCGCCGCCGAUCGCGGGCGCCCAGGCCGGGCUGCCGCACACCAACCUCUCCUCCGCGCCUCCCAACAACUGCAGCGCCCCGAGCCACAUUUACCAGGACUCCAUCGCCCUGCCCUGGAAAGUGCUGCUGGCGGUGCUGCUGGCGCUCAUCACCCUGGCCACCACACUCUCCAACGCCUUUGUAAUCGCUACCGUGUACCGCACCCGAAAGCUGCACACCCCGGCCAACUACCUGAUCGCGUCCCUGGCGGUCACCGACCUGCUCGUGUCUAUCCUGGUGAUGCCCAUCAGUACCAUGUACACGGUCACUGGCCGCUGGACGCUGGGCCAGGCACUUUGCGACUUCUGGCUGUCGUCGGACAUCACCUGUUGCACGGCGUCCAUCAUGCACCUGUGCGUCAUCGCCCUGGACCGCUACUGGGCCAUCACGGACGCGGUGGGCUACUCGGCCCGGAGGACGCCCCGGCGGGCGGCGGGCAUGAUCGCGCUGGUGUGGGUCUUCUCCAUCUGCAUCUCGCUGCCGCCCUUCUUCUGGCGCCAGGCCAAAGCGGAGGAGGAGGUGCUGGACUGCUUGGUGAACACCGACCACGUCCUCUACACCGUCUACUCCACGGUGGGUGCCUUCUACCUGCCUACCCUGCUCCUCAUCGCCCUCUACGGCCGCAUCUACGUGGAGGCGCGCUCCCGGAUUUUGAAGCAAUCGCCCAACAGGACGGGUAAGCGCCUGACCCGAGCCCAGCUGAUAACGGACUCUCCCGGGUCUACGUCUUCAGUCACUUCUACCAACUCCCGGGCUCCCGAGGUGCCCUGCGAUUCCGGGUCUCCUGUGUACGUGAACCAGGUCAAAGUGCGAGUGUCUGACGCCCUGCUGGAGAAGAAGAAGCUCAUGGCCGCCAGGGAGCGCAAGGCCACCAAGACCCUGGGAGUCAUCCUGGGAGCGUUUAUUGUGUGCUGGCUGCCCUUCUUCAUCAUCUCCCUGGUGAUGCCCAUUUGCAAGGAUGCCUGCUGGUUCCACAUGGCCAUCUUUGACUUCUUCAACUGGCUGGGCUACCUGAAUUCCCUCAUCAACCCUAUCAUCUACACCAUGUCCAACGAGGACUUCAAACAGGCGUUCCAUAAACUGAUACACUUUAAGUGCACAACCUGACUUGCCCAUUGCAGUGGGGUCGCCCAAGCGACCUUUGGGGACCAAGUUGGGUCUUUCCACAGGUAGGUGGAAUCUUCUUUGCUGUUACUAGGUCGGAGCAAUGCGCUCUCUGCUGGGCAAGGGCAGUGGGUCCUGAGAAGCCAGGACAGCCCUUCGAGGAGCUCUGGAAGCAGAACAGUGCAAACUAAAUGCAGAGCUCUCCUGCUGAGCAGCAGGUUCGCCUCCUCCCCUCCAGCUCCGCUGAGCACAGAUCCUGCCGCAGCCAAUCACAAAUGGGGUUGCGACUUUUAAAAAUUGAUGAUGGCUAGGGCGGUCCUGCACUGCCUUGGGGUCCUGGAUGGUGAUGUCCUCCAGAGCCAGUGGCCCUUCGUAGUCGUAGGGCGAAGCCUCUCUGAGACAGAUCUACAUCCAGCCUGGCAGUACUUGAUGCUCAUUACCCUGUGUGUUGGGGAGAACGUUGUGUUACAGCCUAAUUUAAGAACAGUUAUUUUGGCAUCUUCAGUCUUCAGUUUUACUUAUUUAAACUUGAUUGGAGAAAGUUGUGGAUUUGGUGCUUCAGACCCUAAAUGUGGCGUGGAUGGCACAGAGAAACCUUGAAGAAUUAACAGAAAAAUUCUGAUGCUAAGAUCUCUAUUUUUAUUAUAAUUGAAACUCUAUGGAAGUGGGUGGGUGGGAAGGGGAGAUGGGGAGAGUUACACUGAGAAUCAACACCUGUAGUUGUUUUCUGCAGAUUUCUAAUUUUUUAAUUCCUGUGUAGCGAUUAUCAAACUACAGCUCUAACAAACAAAACAUUAUGUGUGCUAGUGCCAAAGUCUGCAGAUUGCCUUUUCCUCUUCCUCCUAAUUUUAUGAACCUAUCCUUUCACACACUGAAUCCCCGUGAAUGGAGGGCAUGAGGGAGGGCUCAGCCCAAAUUGCUGCUAUAUGUCUUAUUAAUGCAAUUGUUUUCGCUGGUUACUAUUAGAUGUAUGCUCUUCUUUAACAAGAAAAGCAUCUUUAUUCCUCAUCCAAGUCAGGGAGCUGUAAAAGAGACAUCAAGUAGGAAUGAUUCUUAUACAGCCAAGGAAUGAGGGGGCAAUAGGAGAUUGUAUAUUUUGACUUGUAAAAAAAUCUUAAAAUGCAUGAGACAUUUUCUGAUAGUCAUGUGCACUCUCCUUCCCAUCUGUGACUCCUUUCUGUGUGAAACUAUAAAGUAACCAAGAGAACCAGUUUCCUUGUCUGGAAGUCUUCAAAAAGCAAUGAGAGCCCUAAAAACUAUAUUAGAGAAAGAGGAAAAAAACUUAUUUCUUUUGCCUUGCUAUUGAAAUUUGGGUAGGAACAAAGAUUACUAGAAAAUGACAUGUAAGGAAUUUUAAAAAGCUAAGAGAGGCUAAAAUUGAGCCUAGUUUUUAUAACUUACAGAACCAGACCUCAGACUUACGAAAUGAUCAGAAUCUGGAAAGCCUUUUAAUCUUGUGAACAUGUCACCCGGGCCUGACACCUUAAUGAAUACAAUAACCUGGAAUACUUUCAAUAUUUCUCUUUUCUCAAGGUUAAACAAUACUUAGUUAUUUGAAAUUCACUCUGAGGGCUCUCCAGUGCAGGGUGAAAUCACACACUAAUAGAUGAAAACAAUAAAACAUUAUCUUAAGAAGAAGAAGUAGUCCUGAAGGAUCAUCUGCACAGAAAAAAAUGUGCAUGUGAAGUAUUUAAUAUGCCAAAGAAGAUUCACACUUUCUUCAGAGGGCUUUUUGUAGUCGAUAGCUUUUGUCUGCAGAAGCAAGUUGUCUUGAUAAAAUGGACUCACAUUCUGCUUGAAGCUCCUCAGCCUAGAUCCUCAGACAAUAGAUGUCCUGACCUGAAGUACACUCCUUGCCUACUGUGCAGAUCUUUUCUCUGGGGAAGACUCUUCAAAAUGUACUAUUGAAAUGUUCACAUGAAUCUAGGGGAAAAAGGGAAUUUUUCUUCAAUGUUAUGCCUAUCACUGGAGUAAAAUACCGUCUUAGACAUUUGAUAAUCCUAAUUCUUCUACUGGAUCCUAAGAUUCCUUGUUUGCUUUUUGUGACAUUUCUCCCGUGGAGGAAUGUGCAUAGAGCAUGGUAUUUGUUUGUAUGUUAAUGUCAGUCCUGUGUUUAUGCACCUGUAUUUUCUUAGGACCUAGGAGGCAAUUAAGUCAACUUCAUAAGGGGGAAAAUUAAUAGCCACUUAAAAUUAUUUCUUUACAGGGCACUACAAUGAUUGUGUCCUCAUGUCAGCAAAACACCAUCAAUUUAGUCAAAUGGAUUAUUUGCCAUUUUGUAAAUUACUCACCGUAAUUAUUGCUUGACUGUUUGGCUAAAUUGACUGAUUUGGGGCAUAUUGUAACAAAUAGAAGCUUGCAAACCCUUGUAGUUAUAAGAGUUCAAGAAUCAUUUUCCAACACUGCACAUGAUUAUGCAAAGUAUAUUACUCGUUCCAGGGGUGCACAGUUAAGACUGUUGAGCUCCUUUUCAGUUACUCUUGCCUAUGACACAGUUUGUUUCAUGCAACAGACACAUGGCUUUUUUGCAGAACAUGAAAUGGAAAAUGGCAAUGUUUGACUUACAUGGAAAUGACAAUACGUUUGCAUUGGCUGUGGUAGCAAAUAACAUUUUCCAUGUUGUUUAAUGGCACAAAUUUCACACACAUAUGUGAAUGUAUACACACCUAAAGUACUGAUAUUGUCUUGUGUUUUUAGGAACUUUAGGGUUUCUUUUUAAAGAUGGACACUGCACCCAUGAAUAAAUUUUUCUUGAGUGCAGCAAAUUUCCUACAGAAGAAUAUUCUUCACUUUUCCUCUCUAUUAUCUUAAUUUUGUCUUCUUCAACCAAGAAGCCAUGAGAGGACUAUAAUUCACUUAAGCAGUAAAAUCUCAGAUCAUGUGUAUGAUGGAGUUGCUGUGACUAAAAAUUGCCUUUGGUAUUCCACCUUUCAGCAUAUGUAUAAUUGGAAAUGAAAUUUAUGAAAAUAAUGAAAUAAAAGUCCAUUUUGUGUUUGAAAAGCA